GAGGAAGAGAGCAGCCCUGCACUCCUCUGUGAUUGGGACUGACUGUGUUGUUGCUGGGUGGAACAGCGUAAUGCUGCUGCUGCUCCUGCUCCAGCACUGUGAUGUUUCUGUUCCAGACUGUGCUGACUCACAUUCAAGAAAAUAUGAUACACAGACAUAAUGCACUGUAACUCUUUUCCUUCCCCCCCAUAAUCUCGAAAGUUUCUGUAGCUAAUGAGUUAAAUGGCUGAGAGAGCAGCUGUAAUAUCAAGAGAUGAAGAGGAGAUCCCAAACAGCAGUGAUGAUGAAGACAGGUUUCCGACUCAAGCUGCUGUAACAGCAUCCCCUGGUUGCUCUGCCAGCCCUUCACUGGACAGCCUUGAUGAAGACAAGGGAAGCUCAGCAGUGCCAGAAAGACUGUCUGCCCUCUCCAGCAGGGCAGUGGCCCAGCUAAAAGCCCUGACUGGGCCAGAGACGGUUCAUGGUGGCCAGGCACAGAGGACAGCCCCUGGGCUGGCUGAGCAUCCUCUGGCAGCUGUAGAUGCGUCCUUAGGUGCCUCCUCAUGCCCUGCAGCAGUUGAUAACCUGCUGCCUGUAGACCUUGCCUCCCUGCAUGCCAAAAGCCCCUGCUGGCAUGGCAAACUGAAUUCAGAGGUGCUGCAGGUCCCGAGGGUGCCCGGUGAGGUCGGUGAGGCCCUGCAGGGAGGGACUGACACACAGCAGGGAGGGACUGACACACAGCGGGCAGGGACUGACGCACAGCAGGCAGGGAGCGACGCUGAGAGCAGCAUGGCCUCUUGCAGUUUGGGCCACGUGAUUUGGAUGAAGACCACAACAGUAAUGGAGACCUUAGAAAACAAGAAGAAGGAGGAAAAGGAGAAGUACCGGCUCCAGCUAGCAAUGUACCGACGGCUCCUGCUGCUGCGCUCCAUCAGGAGUUUGCAUAGGCAGCUGGAGCAGCUGCAGGCCAGGCUGCAGGAAUGCUAUGGCACGGUGAUAAAUACAAAGAAAGAAGUGUUGAAACACAUUUGCCCAACCUCACCCUCACCUUGUCCGUAAUCAUGUUGCUGCCUGCAGAAAUGAGCUUUGCAAUGCCACCCGAGCCGCCUUGCAUGCCACAGGGGUGAUGUCCUCGUGUGUGCCGAGCGGAGAGGAAACAGCAGCAGGAGCAGAUCAAGAAGAGAGGAGAGAAGGUACAGCGUUGGUCCCUGAAUUUAUCUGGAGGGAAAAAGAGCAAGGGUGAACCUGUGCAAGAAACUGGCUCCUGAUGCCCAUUCAAAGCCUCAGGGUGAAAAAGGAUUUUUUUGGCAGAUAGGUUUGUAAACAGAAAAAAAUCACCGCAAAUUGGGAACCUAGUCUGUCACCUGACCCAUAAAAGUGUCUGGAUGCAAGGCUGCUGCCAGCUGAAUAUGUGAUAUAGCACAUCUUCCUUCUACUUUCAGAGCCUACAAAAUUGGAACAAAAUUAGGGUUUGUUUGUCUGCAAGAAUACCUGAAUUUAAAAAGCCGGGAUAUUUGAAACACUUAGGCUCAGGCUUGAUUAUAUCUACCUAGCUGCCUGUUUUUCACAAAACUGCUAAGGACACUGGAUGUUUGCAACCUCUACUUUCCUUUAAAAUUUAUUCAGAUUGAUCAGAAAUUUUUGUGGGAAGGUAGGGCAGCCAAACACACACAGGGAAAGAGUGCAAAUGCCUAAGCCUGAUUUUCUCAGGAAAGUAACGUAAAAACAAGGGCCUUGUUGCACUGGAAACCCAGGCUGGCAGUGCCAGGGGAAUGUUCAAGGUCUGCACAAUUAUUAAUCUGCUGCUCAUUCCCAGUGGCACUAGCAUCUGCAAAUCAAGCAUAUUUUGUGCCUUACUGCUGUCAUUAAAUGGAAGUUGGUGGCAAUUAGCACUUUUUAUCCAGGUGUAUUAGACAUGUGGAAAACCCUGGAGCGCUGUUUCUCCAAUUGCAAGGUUAGCAUGCCUGCAGGGAAUUUGAUGUCAGUAUGCAACAAACACACAGGGAAAAUGAAAACAAAAAGAUGCAACUUUCUUGUAUGCAUUUAAAAGGCAAUGUGAGUCACUGUUAUUGAACAGUGAACUGAAUAGUUGAAUGUGCUGUUUUAGGAUUGGAAGCAAUAUAUGAUUCAAGAAGAAAAGCUACAGAAAAAUUUCCUACUCUAGGAUUUUGAGGGAUAUGGAAAAAUCACCUUUUUUUUCAGAUAUUUAUUUCUGAUCAUGCCAGCUUUCCUUUCCCCCUAUUGUUUUUCUGUUGUUUUUUUUUUUCUUUAAUAUAAUUGAUUAUCCAGAUGAACAAUUGGACAGGUUUUGGUGUGGGGUUUUUUUCUGCAUAUAAAGGCUGAUCUGCUUUUAAUAAUCCUUUAUGAAAAUAUUGUGCUAUAUAGAGGAAAAAUUUUAUUCUCACAUUAUUUUGGUACAUAUACAGGGAGAGGCAUGUGCCUGUUGGUGUAUGCAUGAACACACACCUCCCUGUAUUCAAGAAGUUAUGAAAGGCUGAUGCUUCUUUUCCUGUAGCAGAAACAGGAAUAAUCUCUCAAAAUAAUCUCUGCUGUCUACGAGGAGUUUGUUUGAUUAGAUUCACAUGCACACAUCUGUGAGCAAGGUAUUGAAGUAAUUCAACAAAUGAAGUGCAGCACAACAUUGUCAUUAUUCCGUCUUUGUAUUUCUGUGCACCCAAAAAUUAUGGAAGCCCCCUGGGUAUGCACAACCUUAGAUAGGUUCAUUCAUUUCCUUGGGCCCUCGUGUAGCCUCUCAUGCAACACGAACCAGUAACUUUGAAUGCAGAAUUACCAUAGAAACAUCCUUGGCAUCAAGGAGAUAUUUGAAGGAGCAUCCUCUACUGCCUCCUUUGGGGAAUUCAGGUUGCCAGAGGCCUUUAGUGGGCUACAGAAGAGAGCUGGUGGUCACAUGUGACUGGGGAACAUGACUCCUGAGCUCUGAUCCCAUCUCGCUCUCUGCUCAGCCUAGGGAAAGCUGUUCUCUCUCAGCAAUGCAGGUUUCCUAAAGAAUGCUUAAAUACUAAACUUGCCUCAAAGGUAACCUAUUCUUUCUUCAUGUGCCUCUCAAGAAGGAUUCAAGGGGUUGAUCAUGGCCAAGAGUGCUACAUAAAGAUUUUUUAAUUUCUUUCCCCCCAUACUUCUUGAAAUAGAAAAGCCUUUUUAUCAUUUUUAAGAGUAAGAGUUAUGUGAAUCAAGCACAAGCAAAUCACUUUGAUGUCACCUCCUUUGGGGAGAGAUGUAGUGGAGAAGGGUCACUUCUCAAAAAUCUUGCUGCAUUUUGAAACCAAAUGUCAAAAUUUUCCCUUUAGGAAGACAGUCAAAAUGAAUAUUGUUGUUAACGUUAGCCAACUUUUCAUUUAAUAUUGAAAAAUAAUUAUCUUUAAAGUGUGCUCAGGUUGACUAAUACUAUCAUGUAACUUUCCACUGAGAUAUAAAAGAUCAAUGAAAAUAUCAGCCCACCCCACCAAAAUACAAAAACCUGCUGCUAAAGCAAAGUAACUGUUUUGCCUCAGUAGCUGCUGAAGUAGAGCACUGUUCUGCUUUGCUGCAAGAGUGCCCUACAUUACUGCAUAGAGCUACCUCUGGUGUCAUAUUUGCAUUAAGGAGCGACUAGAAUAAGAUUAAGAAAUGCAUUUCACAUAACAACUAGUGCAGAAAUAGUUAGUCUGUCAAUCUGCCCAACUAUAAAUUCUUUGUGGCAGAACAGUGAUAAUCUUUGUUUUGUACAACAUCUCAUAACAUUUCUUGAUCCUUACUGGGAUCAGUAGAUGCUUCUGCUUUAUGAAUAUUAAAUACCAAAAGAUUUGUGCAUGAGCAAUGCUGUCUGAUAGCUGGCAGGAAAAUGAAGCCAAGAGUUAUUCUGUGUGUGCACACUCUUUCCAUGUAGUACUUCUAUGGAUACAAGCAAAAUAAAUAUUAACUGAGGAAAUAGCUACAGUCUUUGCAAGAAUUUGCUUUUCAGCCACUGCUUCUAGUGUGGUUGCUAAUAAGUGGAGUUGGACAAAACAGUUAAAGGCAAUAUGAUUUUUAAAAUGAGUUUAUUUUAGAAGCUUGGGAAAUGGGGUGAGCAGCUAUAGGUUUUUUUUCCUUGUAUGUUUUAGUGUAUUUUGGGAGUUGAAGGUCAGUGAGAAAGUUCCAGAAUGCCAUGGGUAACUCUCAGAGGUGUUUUCGGGCAUAUCAAACUGAGCAACAGUCUCAGGUCGAAUAAAAGUGUUUCCUCUCAUAUAGUUUGACCUCUUCCUGUUCUUAAGAGCUUUGGUGAUUUGGGUGAGGUCCAAUAAAAUUUCUUGAAAUUUGUAUUUUUAUCUGAACUCAACUCUCGGCCCUCACAGGAACUGGGGUUUUGAUGACAAAAUGAGCAGUUUCAGCGGGGCCUUUCUCCCCAUUAUCUUUACUGACUUCCAGAGCCUGCCAAACUAAUGAUCUGUGCGAGAAAUAUUCCAUGCACCCCAACAACUCGUGUACUUUUACAGCAAAGGUAGAAGGUAAGUUAUGCUGCCUGAGCUGUAAGGUCCUGCUGCUCACCUGUUUAUGAAAUGGCAGAAAAUAAUCAUGAGUUUACUGUAAAAGAGAGGAAUAUUUAAAAGGUGUCAGCCCUCUUGUAAUAGUUGCUAACACUAAAAUAGUUGUAGCUUCUGCCAACCUAAAAGCUGAAAUAUUUAAGAACAGAAUUGAGUUAUAAUACACUUGAAUGACAAAAUGCAUUACUGAGGUGUUCUUUUACACAAGUCCUUCUCUUCUGCAUCCCCAGCAUUUCAGUCAGCUAAACUGCUGCCCUGGAGACUGGUCAGAACUGUGUUUUUGCCAUUUCUGUUGUUGAUGGCCAUGAGCCAGCCAAGAUGAACAGCCCACCAUAACACAUUCACUUAUUACCUUUUGUCAUGUAGCUAUGCAAGAGAUUUGCUCAGUUCCUCCUUCCUGAGAUUUUCCUGUGUGUCAAUCACAUUUUUUAAUUAGGACAGUGACAAUUUUAUGGAUUUAUAGUAAAUUAGUGAUGUUGUGGUAAACUUACAAGGCACAUA